CCGGUAGUAUUAGUUCGGAAGAAAAAUGGAAGGUGGCGAUUUUGCGUAGAUUAUCGUCGUCUCAACGACAUCACGAUGAAGGAUGCAUAUCCUCUGCCACGGAUUGAUGAUAUUUUGGACACGUUGAGUGGGGCUAAGUAUUUCUCUACAAUUGAUAUGGCUAGUGGGUACUGGCAAUGUGAGGUCCAGGAAGAAGAUAAACCGAAGACAGCUUUUGUUACAACGGAGGGACUUCAUGAGUUCAAUGUAAUGCCCUUCGGCUUAUGCAAUGCUCCAGGCACGUACCAGAGGUUAAUGGAUUUAACACUAGCGGAUCUUCAAUGGAAAACGAGCCUGAUCUAUUUGGACGAUGUAAUUAUCCUGGGAAAUGACUUUGGGCAACAUUUGGAUAUUUUAAGGGAAGUGUUCGAAAGAAUUCGGGCUGCAAAGUUGAAAAUAAAUCCAGAAAAGUGUCAAUUAUUAAGGGAAUACGUACAAUUUCUGGGCCAUAUUGUUUCUGCGGAGGGGGUGAAAACGGAUCCGCAGAAGGUUGCAGCUGUAAAGAAUUGGGCGACACCAUCAAAUGUGGACGAAUUACGGUCUUUUAUAGGAACGGCUUCCUAUUAUCGGAGAUUUAUAAAAAAUUUCGCGACGACAGCAGCUCCACUGCAUAAUCUAACAAAAAAAGAGCAGAAGUUUAUCUGGGACACAUAUUGUGAAAACGCGUUCAGGGAACUAAAAGGCAAAUUAAUAAGCGCACUUAUUCUGGCAUAUUCUCUCAAGGAUUCCCUAUACGACACAAAGUCUACAACUCCGGGCGGUGAUACAACAUACAUACCCAUGAUCCAAAACCCAACAGCCAAAACAUAUUUACUAAAAAUUUACAAUCAAAUAUGGAAUGAACACCUAAUACCCGAAGAAUGGAAACAAGCUGUUAUAAUUCCAAUACAAAAACCAAAUAAAAAUGACUUAGAAAAAGCUUUUGAUCGAACGAACAAGUCAAAAAUCUUACAUCAAUUACAUUUAUGGGGUUUACGAGGCAAUAUACCCUUAUUCAUUCAAACCUUUCUAACAACCAGCACCAGGACAUUCACGGUAAAAAUUUUAAAUCAAACAUCAAAUGUCCAUUCAUUGGGAAACGGUAUCCCACAAGACUCGGUAUUAUCUGCAACCUUAUUUAAUAUUGCCAUAAACGAUAUAGUCGAUCAAAUACUAAAACCAAUUAAAUCAAUAAUAUUUGCUGACGACAUUGUCAUUUACAUUGACACAGCAAACGAAACAUACGCUCAACAAUGUUUGCAAAAAGCAACUGAUAAUAUUAAUGAAUGGCACGAGAAAUGUGUGGAAUUUUUAUCGCCUCACAAGAAAAGAAAUGCACACGACCACGAUACAGAUGUGGUUGGAGAUUCAAAUAUUUCAAUCACGGAUGAUGAAAUAACUGCCAAGUUUGACGCGGAUUUUGAUACAAAUACUGAUUUCGAUGAAUUUCCCCUAAACUUAACUACAAUAGAUUGGGAAAAGAUUAUACCUGACGAAACAUCUAAAAACACGGAAAAAAGAUUAAAGGCAUGA